ACAUAACCUCAUUUUUAGAAAGUUGUUGUUUUCCGCAAAAAAGCUCCACGAAAAGUGAUUUUAAUUUGUAAAAAUAGAUUUUGUAGAAAAACAUUUUCACAUAACACGGUACAAAUGAGUGAAAAGUGAUUGGAAAAAUGAGUCGCAUAAGGUGGCGACUUCGGGAAAUUCCCAGACGCUUGUAUGAUAAUUUACGAUUCAAGUAUGAUUACACACUGUUGUGCAUCCAAUCUCUCAUGUACAAUCAUCACUUGAAUGGCAGCUAUGUGUCUGAUAUUUGUAUGGAACCAAUUUUCUGGUUUGUGGACAAUUUCACGCAUCUCCUUGGACCGUUUUUCGUAAUUGGAGUAGCUUGUCUCACAUCUGCCGUUGUUUUCAUAUCCUAUUGGAUUGGUCUUCCCUACUGGUGGGCCAAAAGUCAUGAGGCAACUGUGAUUCUUGUGAUUGUCGGCAAUUGGCUCCUUCUCAAUGUUGUCUUUCACUACUAUAUGGCCGUAGUAACACCACCUGGGCAUCCUCCUGAGGGAGAGCUCAUUGUGGAGGCUGUUAGUAUCUGCAAGAAAUGCAUUGCGCCAAAACCACCUCGAACGCAUCAUUGCUCCGUAUGCAAUCGAUGCAUUCUCUCCAUGGAUCAUCACUGCCCUUGGCUCAACAAUUGCGUAGGAUUCGGCAAUCAUCGAUACUUCUUCCUCUAUAUGGUGUAUACAGCUGUAGGAUCAAUCUUCAUUAUUGUUUUCGGCAUGGGGAUUGGGUACAAUUCCCUCUUGCUCGGUGACGGUGAGGGCUGGUUUGAGACUGAACCACUCGAAGGGCAUCCAGUUCGCUUCAACAUUUCCGGACAUGCUCUACCAAUUACGGAAAUGAAUGAGUACGGUGAGGAUGGUAUAAUGCCAGCACACCACGAGCUGCCAGUUCCUCAUGAAUUGUCCAACAAUGCAGCCAAACAUCGAGCCAUCAUUUUUAUGGCAAUAAUCAAUGUGGCGGUAGUUUUUGCAUUGGGUUCCCUCAGUAUUUGGCAUGCAAAGCUCAUCGGUCGGGGUGAGACGAGCAUUGAGGCCUACAUCAAUAGGGCAGAGACCAAGAGACUCGCCGCACUCGGCAAAACCUACGUAAACCCCUACAAUUUUGGUAAGAAAAAGAACUGGAGGCUCUUCCUUGGUCUCGUACGAGGAAGAUCCUGGUGGCGGCACGUACUUCUUCCAUCGGCCCACAAGCCAGAGGGCACGGGCCUUACAUGGCAUACCGUGUCCACAGAAGGGCAUUUGCUCGGCGAAGACGAUGAUUGGCCGUAGCAUUAACCAAAACAAUAAGAUAAAAAAUAUAAAAUAAACAACCGAAGUCAUUUUAUGCGUGAUAAACUUAAUUUUAAUUAACAAUUGCGUUCCCGAAAAUUCCAACAUAAUAGUGUUUUUAAAUUAAAUUUCGUGAAUGCAUUUGCCCGAGCAUUUUGUGUUUUAUAAGAAGCAUUUUUGAGAGCAAGAAUAAAGACAGUAAAAAUACCAAAAGAAAAA